UGCCUUAUGCCAUUAAUUAUUUAUAUCUUUUAGUAUAAAAUUAGGCCUGUUUCUAAUUUUUAACCCCCGACAAAAAAGAGGGGUGUUAUUAUAUCCUAAAUUGUACUGAAAAUUGUAUUUUUUUUAAAUGGCGAAUACAAAGUUUAAAUUAAUAUCUCUUUUCAAAAGAUUAAGGAUCAAUCCUCCAACAGGCCAAAUAAGAUGCAAUGGAAAUUAUACUCCGCCAAGGUACAGACCACCUCACUGGUAUGUGCCAAAGGAGAGAGUUAUGACUAAUGAAUUUCUUACGCAAGAUAAUAAAGACUUCAUUGAAGAAGUAAAACAAGAUAAACUUGCAUUGCAAUGUUCAGUAGAGUCACCUUUAGUUAAAAGUGAAACACAGGAACAAGUUCAAUGGAAUCCUUUUAUGCGUAGAGUUGGACUUAUUGCUCGGAAAAUUGGGAAUUACCCUAUGUGGUCUAAAGAUGGCAAAAAAUUCCAAACUACACUUUUACAGGUUGUAGAUAAUCAUGUCAUAAAGUAUAUACCUCCAGAAAAUUAUGAUCCUAUGGUUAUUAAAAACAGGAAAUGGAAAGAUAAGAAAACUUUAGGGUGUCUGCUAGUUGGUUCUGAAACAGUAGACCCCAGUACUGUCACAAAAGAUUAUUCAGGAUUAUUUUCAACGGUUGGAAUGCUACCUAAGAAACAUUUAUGUAGAUUUAUGGUUUCUCCAGAAGCAAAAUUACAAACUGGAACACCUUUAUUUGCUACACAUUUUAGAGUUGGUGAUUACGUUGAUAUUAGAGCUAAAACCAUUGACCGAGGAUUUCAAGGUGUUAUGAAAAGGUGGGGCUUUAAAGGCAUGCCAGCCUCUCAUGGUGUAACUAAAACUCAUAGACGACCUGGCAAUAUUGGAGCUGGUGGUGAAAAAGCAAGAGUAUGGCCCGGGACCAAAAUGCCAGGUCACAUGGGUAACAGUUGGAGAAUACUUCGUGGUGUGAAAGUGCUUAGAAUAAACACGAAACACAAUAUUCUAUGGAUGUUGGGCGUCGGGAUACCAGGCGAAACAGGAGCCAUGUGUUAUGUGUAUGAUACAGUAUUACCACUAAGAAAAUUAAAAACUCCUCCACCAUUCCCUACGCAUCCACCAGCAGACGACUUACCUUUGGAAUACUAUGAUGAAUCAAUUCACCGGUUUGAAGAUAAUACUAUUAACUUCGAAGAGAUUUAGAUAAUAAGAAACUGAAAAUAGUAGUACAAUAAAUACAUAAUAAUUUGUAAACCCGCUCA